AUGCUCGGCCGCACCGUUCUCUUCCUUGCUCUCGGCGCUUUCGCCUCUGCCCAGACCCUUGAGGGCUUCCCCAACAGCAUCUCGUGCCAGCAAGACGCUGGCGGCGAAGCCACUGUAUCAAAGGCCGAACUGAAGGAGGCCAUCGUCGGCCCCAAGGGAACCAUGAGUGACCCAUCUGCUGCCAAUGUGGCCUCGGGCAAAUGCUCUACGCUCUCUGGUAUCCCACUUUACACGGUCGGUGCUGCUGGAAAGGCAAACGUUGGUUUCGCGUUUGAUAAGGCCAAGAACACAUAUCACUACUGCUUUGCACAGGGUGCUGUUGACAAAAAGAUCGGAUACCCCAGUCAAUGCACUGAGAAAUAG